UAAUAUUAGGAUCGCCUUCCAAUGCGGAGAGAUGCCACGGUACCCAAAACAAAAAGGGGGUAGAAAAAUAUACCACCAUCACAAUGCUGCAGUAAUUGCAGCAGCAAUUACUUGUAUGAGUGCUGAGGAGAGAGAGAUCACCUCCUUCUUUGUCGUGCAAUGAAUGUGCCAAUCCGUUGCGGUUGGAUGAGGGAGAGACGCACGACGCUCCAUCGCUAUGCGGAUGCAUGAACUGCGAGCGGAAUCACCUCCCAGACCACGAGAACUUUGUGCUUCCCCAGGAAUGCUUGCUUUAUCAUCAGAUCGACGCAAGAGCAUUACGUGAACGCAGAGCCAGCCAUGGGCGACGGCAAGCUCCUCAACAGCUUCUUGGCCUUGUCUCUCUUCUUCGCGCUCUGCCCACCUUCCACCGUCUCCCGGGACGCGGUGAGAGAUCGGUACGAGGGUUGGAUCGCUCGACAUGGCCUCACCUACAAGGACAAGAAGGAGAAGGAACAGCGCUUCAAGAUCUACCAAUCCAACUUCCUAAAGAUCAGCAAGUUCAACGCCGAGGACCAUGGCUACAAGCUCACUGACAACAGGUUCGCGGACAUGACGAACGAGGAAUUCAGAGCCAAGCAUAUGUGCUUGACCGACGACCCACAGACUCCUCCUCCUCCUGUGGAAACGGUGGACAUAUCGUCGAACAGUUCGCAUAGCAUGAAAAGUCACGUCCCCGAGCACCUGGAUUGGAGGAAAAAGGGAGCCGUCACCGGUGUUAGGAACCAAGGUCAAUGCGGGUCUUGUUGGGCCUUCUCCGCGGUGGCAGCGAUCGAGGGAAUCACCUACAUCAAGACCGGCAAACUGAUUCCGCUGUCAGAGCAAGAGCUGGUGGACUGUGACAUCAACGGGAAAAACCAUGGUUGCAGUGGAGGGUUCAUGCAAAAUGCCUUCGAGUUCGUCCGAAGCAACCAUGGGUUGACUUCCGAGUCCAAGUACCCUUACAAAGGCUUCCAGGAAGAGUGCAGAGGCAACCAACUCCACGACCAUGUCUCCACCAUUUCCGGCUACAAAGCCGUGACCGCCAGGAGCGAGCACAGCCUGUUGGAGGCCGUGGCGAAGCAGCCGGUGUCGGUGGCAAUAGACGCCGGCGGAUUCGGCUUCCAGUUCUACUCGCAUGGCAUCUUCGACGGCCCCUGUGGGUCGAGUCUCAACCAUGGCGUGUUGGCGGUCGGAUAUGGAACCACGGAUAAGGACAUGUUCUGGAUCGUGAAGAAUUCAUGGGGUGCAGGUUGGGGAGAAGACGGCUACAUCAGGAUGAGCCGUGAUGUCUUGGACUCCGAAGGCUUAUGUGGGAUCGCCACGAGAGCCUCUUAUCCCACAAAGUAGUAUGCCCUCUUCCCAUGGCAAUAAAAUCUGGAAGAAGACCCACCAUCG